AUGGACGUUCAACAGCUGUUUACAAAUCUCAAGAAGGAAGCCGAGUGUCCGCUGUGUCUAGAAACAGUCAAAGAUCCCAAGACACUGCCAUGUCUACACCCAUUCUGUCUGCAGUGUAUCGACAAGCACGCAGGAUAUGCAAAGAGAAAGUUAGAAACGACGAUCAAAUGUCCAGUUUGUCAGGCUUGCUUUCAGAUCCCUGAAGGAGACACGUUUGGCAGCCUUCCCACAUCUUUUCAUCUCAACCGACUGGUGGAUCUCCUCGCUCUGAGAGAUGGCAGCGAAGAGGCUCAGACAUGCAACAGUUGUGAAGAAAACAACACGGCAACUUGCUAUUGCUUUGUUUGCCAGAACUUUCUUUGCAAGGAUUGUUUUGAUGCUCAUCAGCGCCUGAAGGCCACAAGAGGUCAUCGCAAUGUUUUUAUCAAAAACUUGCAAGCGCAAGAUGUGGAGGAGUUGAUGCACAGACCCGCCAUGUGUGCAAAGAAAUAUCACGAGAAUGAACCGCUUGAUUAUUACUGUCAUGACUGUAGCAUUUGUAUUUGCCACAAGUGCAGUAUAGUAAGUCAUAAUCGACAUUCUUUAGUAGACUUACAGGAGGCUGCCGAAGAACAAAAGAUGCAAAUGACGCAAGUCUUUGCCAGAGUUAAGGAACAUCUUGUUAUCGUGGAGUCGAAGAUAUCGGAGCAAACUGAACUGAUGAAAAAAAUCGAAGAAGAAAUCUGCGCCGCUGAAGAGAGGGUUACGAAAACUGUGCAAGAAAUUAUUCGAAUUGCGAAGGAACAUGAAACGGAUGUAAAAAGUAAGCUGGCAGAAAUGAAAGUCACGCAACAAAAGAAUUACGCGGUAGAAAUAGGAAAUUUUCAGUUACUCACUGCUCAGCUAAAGAGUUCUGUCGAAUGUGGUAAAGAUAUCUUACAACGAAGCAUCGGUCCUGAAAUUCUGCAAGCAGGACAUGCUGUGCUUGGUCGAUGCGAGGAACUCUUAACCACACAGGAUAUUGAGGUGUGUAAACCUCAACAUGUAGUCUAUUGCGUAAAUCUGAAAGCUAUGAACACUGUUAGAGGCUUGGUUCCGGGUCAAAUAUUCGAGAUUUACACCAAUGCUUUACAAUCCUCGGCAGAAGGAAGAGGUUUAAUCGAGGCAGAAGCAGGCACUGAAACUAACUUUACAGUCACUACGCGAGAUUCAAAGGGAACUCAGUGUUAUUAUGAACAAGACCAACUGACCGUAAAAAUCUGCUCUCAAAGAGAAGAAGAGGAGGAAACGAAAAUUGAUGACUGUAAGAAUGGAAGCUAUGUAGUGCGUUACAAGCCAAAGAGUAUUGGCUUACGUGACAUCUCUGUUGAGGUGAAUGGCCAACCGCUGACUGGUAGUCCUUGGAGAGUUCAGGCGACUGGUCAUCAGUACAAAGCUAUUUAUUCAAUUGGAUCAAGUGGGACAGGACCGGGACAGUUUAAAGGACCAGCUAGCAUUGCAGUGAAUAAAAGAACAGGAAAGAUUGCCAUAGCAGAUAUUGGCAAUAACAGAGUUCAGUUGUUUGAUCGUGAGUGGAAAUAUCUGAGAACAAUAGGAAACAAGGGACUUGAUGCUAAUGAUGCGAGGAGAAUCAAGUUUCCUCAAUCAGUGGAAUUUACAACAUCUGAUGAAGUCAUCAUCACUCAUGGAGAACUUUUUAAACAGCAUAAAAUGUUCUUGUUCACUGAACAUGGCGACUACAUGAAAGUCAUCCGUCAGCAUUUGAUUAAUCCUUGUUCCGUAUCUGUCAGCGAUGAUGGUCACAUAAUCGUGUGUGACUCGAGCGACAACUUAGUCAAGGUUCUCUCCCCUGACGGUACAGGAUUAGUACAGUCCUUCAAAGGACCACACACUUUUGGUUCCCCAGCCUCUGCUGUUUAUCAUGAGGACAAGUUUUUUGUCUUAUAUAACUCACAUAACUAUGUUACAGUGUUCAACAACGAAGGACUUUAUCUGUAUGAUAUUGGCAAGGAGGAAUCUGUUGUUGGAUCUCUUAGAAACAGCCUUACCAUUGACGCGUUUAACAACCUGAUCGUGUGUGACCAAAAGAACAGCAGUCUCCAUGUGUUUUCUUUAGAUGGAAAACAUAUUAAUUCGUUUAAUGAAGGAAUCAUAUCUCCCUUUUCUGUCUCUUCUUUUGAAGAUAACAAGUUGUUGAUUUGCGAUCUUAAAAGAGACGUAAUCCAUGUUUUACAGUAA